UGCAGCCCGUCACCGAGCUCGUCAGAGUGCGAGCGGGAUGCUUCUCUCCUGCGGUAUUUAUGAGACAAAGCAUAAGUUUCCACUGCGGCCAAACGGCGGUCUGUUAAUGGCUGACUAACAAUGUGACCCGCGCGAGGUUCCGGGGCCACGACGCUUACGUCACAAUAGGACGGUAACGGUGCCUUGGCGGAGCUGAUCGCCGGACCCCCGGAGAGACGAUGUGUUGCGGCGGACGUUGCUGCGUUUCUAUGACCCAGUGUUUCUUUGACUAUUCAACGUCGAAAGUACUUGUGAUUCGGAGUAAGUCGGUGGGGACUCUCAACCGAUUCUGUCAGGCUGUGGUGUUGGCAUACAUAAUAGGGUAUGUCUGUGUUCUGAAGAAGGGCUACCAGGACACAGACACAGUCAUCAGCUCAGUGACCACCAAGGUGAAGGGCAUCGCCUUGACCAACACCUCUGACCUGGGCCUGCGCAUCUGGGACGUGGCUGACUACGUCAUCCCCCCUCAGGAGGAAAACUCCUUCUUUGUGCUGACCAACCUGAACAUCACACCAAACCAAACACAGACACGGUGUGCUGAGAACCCUGGGCCUGGCUCCACGUGCACCAGCGGCCGAGACUGCAAGAGGGGGUUCCAUGACAGUCGCCAAAAUGGUGUGCAGACAGGCAGGUGUAUCCAGUUUUCGGUGACAGAGAAGACGUGUGAGGUGCUCGCCUGGUGCCCUUUGGAGAAAGGGAACGAUCCACCUGAUCCUCCAUUGCUGGCAGAAGCCAUGAAUUUCACAGUCCUGAUAAAGAAUAGCAUCCGCUACCCCAAAUUCAACUUCAACAAACGGAACAUCCUGCCCCAUGUGAACAGCUCCUACCUGUCGCAGUGUGUGUUCAACCGCACGACGGAUCCUGACUGCCCCAUCUUCAGACUCGGGGACAUUGCCUCUGAGGCGGGAGAGGACUUCCAGACCAUGGCAGUCCAUGGUGGGGUGAUGGGGGUGCAGAUCCUCUGGGACUGUAAUCUGGAUAUGCCUGAGAGCUGGUGCAUGCCCACCUACACCUUCCGUCGCCUCGACAACAAGGACCCAGACAACAACGUCGCCCCGGGAUACAACAUCAGGUUUGCAAAAUAUUACAAAAAUGGAGGCAAAGAGAGCAGAAAUUUAGUCAAAGGUUACGGCAUCCGCUUUGAGAUCAUGGUUUUCGGAAAGGCAGGGAAAUUCAACAUAGUACCAACUCUUCUCAACAUUGGAGCUGGCUUGGCACUGCUGGGGCUGGUAAACGUGGUGUGUGACUGGAUUGUACUGACUUUCAUGAGAAACAGACAACAAUACAGUCAAGAGAAAUACGCGUAUGUGGGUGACUUUGGGCUGCUGUCCAAUGAGGUUACUGAACCAUCAGGAACGGGAUUUGUUGAAGAUGACUGAACCUGUAUGUUAAUACUUUCUAAUAAAACUAAUUACCUUAAAAAUCCCAUUCAAUAUAUUGUCUUUGUGUAUUUAUGUAAAAAUGCUUGUCUCUACCUCACUACCUCAUCAUUGUCUGCAUCAUCCCAUCCUCCUCAGACCUGAUGCUCAUGCGGGUUGCCAGGUUGAGGACACUGAACCUACACAGAUGACAGCAAUAUUAAACUUGUAGCAAUGUAGUGUGAAGUCUUACACUGUAAGAUUGUCAGAUAAUGUUGCUUUAUGUAUGCAGUGUAUUUAUUGUUUGUAAGUUAUAUAUCAGCUUGUUGAUUUUUUUUUUUUUUUAAAUAUAAUUGUCAAUUGGAAAUACUUUCUACAAUUUUUGCCCUUUUACAGUAAGUUUGUUGAUCUGGUUUGUUGGCUCAUUUCCAUGCCUGCAGCACACUGUUUGUUGGCCAAUUUGUUUCAUAUCUAGCAACCCGGGGUGUUGAAUUAGGUGGUGGGCAGGAUUACAGGCGAAAACACAGAUAUUUCAUUCUGGAAUGGAAGUUUUAAAAAUCGCACUGUUGUUUAAUUCUUGUCAGUUCCCUACAACUUGAGCUCUCCUAUAAAUGUUUCAUUCCAGCCAUUCUAAUUCCUUGAAUCUUUUAAUCGUAAUUCAUUCUAAUUCCUUGAAUCUUUAAAUCCUAAUUCAUUCUAAUUCUUUGAAUCUUUUAAUCCUAAUUCAUUCUGAUUCUUUGAAUCUGGCUUCCACUGAAGUGCCCGGGCUCUGGAGCCAUGUAAUGGUGUUGCAGAAGCCUGGUAAGGCUUGGAUGAGGAACAUCUAACUGUGCAGGAACGUAGAGGCUUCAGUUCUGACUACUGGGUCCUCAUUUCCAUUACAUCUCUCCACUCUCUGAGGACAGCAGGACAGAGGAAUGGACACCAGCAGUAUUUUAGCCCACGAUCAUUGCAGCCUCGCUUCUCAACUACGUCCUGCUGCCUCACUUUUAUUUCCUCGUGAGUCGGUUGAGACAGAAAAAACGUUUUUAUAUUUACUAUUCCAAUAACGGAAAAACAAUAUAUCCAAAUGUCUAACAAACAUGUUAGGUUUCCAAGGUAGAAAUAUGAACAGUUCAUGGUAAUAAACUGUUUUAAAAUGC